GGUGACGGGCCCGACACCGACAGACUGACGGUCAUGUGUGAACUGCGUUUAAGUGGCACGGGAGUCGAGCAGGGGUGUUCAACCCCCCCCCCCCCGCCCCCCCCAGCCCGGCACGACUGGCGCCGAGCACCGCCCCGGCGCGGGUUAAAGCGUCUGUCAUUGGCAUGUAUAUGUGAGCUAUUGCAUUAACUAGUCUCACGGGCCACGGUCAGCAUAUUGCCCGAGUAAACAUCUUGCCCGUGAGAGAAAAGGACCAUGGCCUCUGCUAUUCGAUGGGGAAUCCUGAGCACUGGGAAAAUAUCACAUGACUUUGUCACUGCAGUAAGAAGUCUGGCACCUGAGGAAAACCAAAAGGUGACAGCCGUGGCAGCAAGACAGCUGGAAAAGGCUCAAGAGUUUGCCAAGUGCCACAACAUAGAGAAGGCCUAUGGCUCAUAUCCAGAACUGAUUGCAGAUGGGGAUAUUGACGUUGUGUACGUGGGCUCGGUGAACCCGACCCACUACGAGCUGGUGAAGCAGCUGCUGGAGGCCGGCAGGGCCGUGCUCUGCGAGAAGCCGCUCUGCAUCAACGUGCGCCAGACGCAGGAGCUGGUGGCGCUGGCCCGGGAGCGAGACACCUUCCUCAUGGAGGCGGUCUGGACGCGCUGCUUCCCCUCCGUGCGCCGCAUGAUGGAGGAGCUCAAGACAGGCACCAUCGGAGAGGUCAAACACAUUGCCGCCACGUUCGGCAUCUACACGCCGGAGAACAACCGAGUCCGCACGAAGGCGACAGGCGGCGGCACGGCGCUCGACCUGGGCGUCUACUGCGCCCAGCUCACCAACCUGGUGAUGGAUAACCAGAGCUGGAGCCGGCUGCGCACACUGGGCCACCUCAACAACGAGGGGUGUGACCUGAGUCUGAGCACCAGCGUCACCUACCCGGGCCGCGAGCUGGCCACGCUGGUCACGCACUGCGAGGUGGCCAUGGAGUGUGCGGCCGUCAUCACCGGCACAAAGGGCAUCAUGAAGCUGCUGCCGCCGUUCCACGCGCCCACGGAACUGGUGCUGCCGUCGGGCACCGUCUCCUACCCGGUGCCGCCCUCCUUCCCGGGCGCGCAGUACAACUUUGAGAACUCAGCCGGCCUCCAGUACGAGGCGCUGCACGUGGCCGAGUGCCUCCGGAAAGGUCUGAAGGAGUCGCCGCUGAUGUCUCUCUAUGACACCAUCCGCACGGCCGAGAUGGUGGAGGCCAUGAGGAAGUCUGCCGGCGUCGAAUAUCCCGAGGACGACUUCCAUUUCGACAGCAGCACGCCCUCAUUCAACCAGGAUUGUUGCAUGUAGGGCGGGUCAAAGGCGCGUAUCGCUCCUACAAGCCAUGGGGCAGCCGCUGUUAACGGGGUCAGACCAGGGGCACCAAAAGGGCGCAGAAGCAGUGUUGGGAUAGAUGCUUAGGACCCCUAUGCGCGAAAAAAAAACUCGAAAGGGGGAUGGGUUCAGACUAGGGGUAAGACCGCAGGGCUCGGGACCAAUUUUUUGGACUGGGAGUUCCGGUGUGCGGGAUUUCCGUUUACCGCACUUGUCUAAGCCAGUCUCUGCAGGUUUCUGCACUGCCUUCUUCAGAAUCUAUUCGGAUUCGUAGUUAACCGUGUCAUGCUACCCCGUGAGCUGAUGGCGUGAGAUGAUGGUAGAGGGUCGGCAGGCCCGUCGGCGGUGCUUACCAGUUCGACAGUGCAGUUAGUGUGGGACAGUUUAAGAGUAAUCGCUCUACUUCACCGUACAGAUAUCGGAUAUCAACCGUGCCUGAAGAUGUAGAGCGUCGCUAAAAGUGGGAUGAUUCGCGGGCCCAGGGCUGGCCACGGCUAUGUGUGCUGCGGUCACGGAUUGGAACGGUAUUACGGUGGAUCAGAGGCGAAUGCCAGGGGCUACGUCAGUGUUUGUUGUUAUAUGCCUACAGUUGAAUGGUAUUUUAGAAGCAGGACAAUGCCCACUAAUCACUUUGAUUAAGCAUUGUAGCCGUAUUACCGAUCUAUCGCUGGAAAUAGUUAGCUAGGUGCCUUUUUGAGGACCGGAACUUUAUUUUGACAUGUAUGUACCUAAUUGCGUGCCAUCAAUGUAUCUUGAUUGCAUGCGUGGGGCUUGUCAGCCGACCACGAAGAUUGCUUGGGGCCUAGCUUGAAAACUGUGAUUCAGAGUGGUUAUAUUCCAUAUAUUUUGAUAAUCUUACGAUAUUUGAAAUCCAAUGAAGUCAUGAGCUUUGAUGAUGCCGUGCGCCGGUGCUGGGUCUUUUAUCAUGCGUGCUGACAUCUGUUGGUGUUCCGAUGCGAAGUGCCGUUGUUGGUUCACCGAUUAAUCCGCUGUGCUUAUUAAUACAAACUACUGUCACUUGA